GCUUUUAAAAAUAUAUGUUUGUAAUGAAAAUUUUAAGAUAAUAAUUAAUUGUUUUGGUUUUGAAAUUAUUUUUUCGGCAACUUAACUUCCUAAUCACUUUCCCUUAACCGCGUGGGUCCCACAUUGUUCUGCUGAUUUCUUCAAAAUUCAUCAUCUACUGUUCAUUUGCUUCUCCAAAGGAAGAAAAAAAAAGAUGGGAAUUUCAUGGAGUAAAAGACAUCAAAAUCAUCACCUCCACCACCCUCCUCCACCGCCCCUUCUGCCGCCGCCGUCUUCUUCUAUUGCUCCGCCCUUUCCUUCUCUAUCUCCACCACCACUGCCACCUCCCCACCCAACCUACUCAGUUCCUACAACUUCUACAACACCUCAUCCUUCCCGAAACCCUUAUCCUUUACUAACCCCUCCUCCCCCGCCCAACUACCCGCCUCCUUCCAAUUCAAACUACCAUUUUAGUUUCAGUCAGUCCAGUUAUGGUACUAGACCUGUACUCUAUCAAAAUCAGUAUCCUCCUUAUUAUCAUCAUCCUCACAGUAAUAACGGAUGGGGUGGAUUUCGGCCUCCGCCGCCUCCUCCACCGCCGUUGCCGGCGGUGCCGUAUGUGGAUCAUCAAAAUACGAAGAAGAUUAAGAAUGAUGUUAAUGUUCAUAAGGAUACUAUCAGGGUUCAUGUUGACGAAUUCAAUAAGGAUUUUCAUUUGGUUUCGUUUACUUUCGAUGCGCUUGUUGAUGGAAGUAUCACCAUUUUCUACUUUGCUAAGGAGGGACCCAACUGCAAAUUCAAUCCAGUAUAUCCUGAAAUCAAGCCUGUUCAAAUACCAUUUGUAAAAGGACUGGGCCAAAAGUUUUCCCAGCCUUCUGGAACUGGAAUUGACCUGGGAUUUUUUGAUGUCAAUGACCUAUCAAAGCCUCUCCAAGGAGAAGAAAUUUUCCCCCUUGUUAUAUCAGCUGAGUCAUCUCUGUCAUCAACACCACUGGAUGAGAAGUAUGUUGGGCAGUCACUGGAAAACUCUGCCCAUUCACAGAUAACUGAAGCCGUGCUAGUCAAGAAUAAUGAGGAUCAUUUUCAAGUGAAAGUGAUCAAGCAGAUUUUGUGGAUUGAAGGAGUUCGCUAUGAGCUUAGAGAGAUUUAUGGGAUCAACAAUUCAGAGGAAACUAAUGUCAAUGAUGAGGAGUCAGGAAAAGAAUGUGUAAUUUGCAUGACUGAGCCGAAAGACACAGCAGUUUUGCCAUGUAGACAUAUGUGUUUGUGUGGUGAGUGUGCCAAAGAACUGAGGCAUCAAUCAAAUAAGUGCCCCAUAUGCCGCCAACCCAUUGAGGAACUUCUGGAGAUUAAGGUCAAAGAAGCGGCAUCAUAAGCUGGGAUACGGUGACAGUCGAAGAGUCAAAGUUGCGAAAGAAAGAAUAUAACUAGUGUGGGAAAACAUUGAGAAGAACCAAAAUGUAAGUUUCCUAAAGCUUUUCCUUUUCUUUUUCUUUUUUUUUUAUCAAUGGAAAACUACAUUUUCAGAAAAAGUUUUUGCUCUCUGUGAUCCCCAAAAUAUAGCUAGUAUGUAGUACACUAUAGACAAUAGAGAAAUUUUUGUUACAAGGGUGAGUGAGUUGAAAAAAAAAUUGAAGUGGUAACAACGGCAAAACAUACUACUCCUAGUGUAACCUUACGGUAAAACAUACUACUCCUUCUGUCCUCACAAUUAACUUGACACACUCUUUAAUAAACUGUAAACAGAAGGAUAAUUUUAUUAUAUCAUCAUUAAAAUAUAAUAAAUACAAUAUCUUGAAAAAUGUAAUAAGGAGAUGACUACAAUUAAUGAUAAGGGAAGAUUAAAAUUAAGUGUAAAAUUAUUUAUUGAUUUUGUUAAGGUGGACAAGUUUUAUUGGACGGGGAACAUGGAAAUUAACUACUUAAAAUACAAAUAUGUAGGUAGUUUAUUCGAAAGAAAACAUAUUUAUACGUGAAAACAAACAUGUACACUUUAAAUUAGUUUUUGCGUACAUGAAUUGCUCAAAUUCUUCUUUUGGCUUUAUCCAAAGAGUGUGAAUAUAUAUAAGGAAAAUACUCAAACUUGCCCUAUACUAUAUCCUCUAUUAUACUUUUUCCAUUCUUAUAUCGUUGAAAAAUCAUCUCAUUGUUUAGCCAUAAACUCAAUGGAGCUCUAACGUAUGACGAGUACAUUUUGUCAAAAAUGAUUCGACGAAAAAUGCAUAAAUUUAUCCUCGAAUUUUGACUAUAUAUGCCUUGAACUUUGAGUUCAGUUUGAGGUGUCAAAAUGAACUUUUUCCUAGCAUAGGUAAAAUAAGAGCAUAAAUUAUAUAUGAAUCAAUAAUGGAAACUAGAGUUGCUCAACAGGAGAAUUGAUAAAAGGGAAUUGAGAUCAUACUGAUGUGAACGAAGUGAAAAGAUUGAACAUGAAAAAUUACAACUUUUCCAUUUAUAUUUUAAUUAAAUGCAGAGAAUUUUCUUUGAUUUUUUAAAUUUUGUAUUGGGCAAAAUUAGAUACUAUUAAAUGAAACUAUUAUGGUUAAACAAAAUAGCAUAAUAAUAUAAUAUAAUAUAAAAUAGACUCCAGUUUGAUGGUGAUAGAAAACCUAAUCCAAAAGGAUUGGCGUGAAGUAGGAACUGGCAACAGUGAGGCAGACAGGGAGGUUUGUCCCCCGACAACAGUAGAUGCGUCUUCGCCACAUUGCGAGUUUGAUCCGAAUUUAAUAUUUUUUAUUUCAAAUACAAAAAUCAAACGAAAUUAAUUAUUUUAAUUCGAAUUCAUUUAAAUUCAAUAUUUUAAUUUUUUUUUAGCCUAUUUUUAUUUCAAAUUCAAUUAAAAAGGCGGAUCCCACAAAACAAACAAUCAACAGGACACAGAGCUUUCAAGUACCAAAAGUACCAUCAAUAUUGGACGUAAAAUAUUAUUUUCUUGCACAUGGCUAUAGUGUGAAUUAUUGAUAGAGGAAUAGCUGGCUUUUCUAUUUUUAAUAAUAAUAAUAGUUUUUGUGUGAUUUGUUUUUAAUUGUAAAUCCAAUGGAAGAAUUGGACAGUUGGUUGU